AUGUUUGAAAUUAAGAAGAUCUGUUGCAUUGGCGCGGGCUAUGUUGGAGGACCCACAUGCAGUGUCAUUGCUCAUAUGUGCCCUGAAAUCAGGGUAACGGUUGUUGAUGUCAAUGAAUCAAGAAUCAAUGCAUGGAACUCUCCUACACUUCCUAUUUAUGAACCAGGGCUAAAAGAAGUAGUAGAAUCCUGUCGAGGAAAAAAUCUAUUUUUUUCUACCAAUAUUGAUGAUGCCAUUAAAGAAGCUGAUCUUGUAUUUAUUUCUGUGAACACGCCAACGAAAACCUAUGGAAUGGGGAAAGGCCGUGCAGCAGAUCUGAAGUAUAUUGAAGCUUGUGCUAGACGCAUUGUGCAAAACUCACAUGGGUACAAAAUUGUAACUGAGAAAAGCACAGUUCCGGUGCGGGCAGCAGAAAGUAUUCGUCGAAUAUUUGAUGCAAACACCAAACCCAACUUGAAUUUACAGGUGUUGUCCAACCCUGAGUUCUUGGCAGAAGGAACAGCCAUCAAGGACCUAAAGAACCCAGACAGAGUACUGAUUGGAGGGGAUGAAACCCCAGAGGGCCAGAGAGCUGUGCAGGCACUGUGUGCUGUGUAUGAGCACUGGGUUCCCAGAGAAAGGAUCCUUACCACUAAUACUUGGUCUUCAGAGCUUUCCAAACUGGCAGCAAAUGCUUUUCUUGCCCAGAGGAUCAGCAGCAUUAACUCCAUAAGUGCCCUCUGUGAAGCAACAGGAGCUGAUGUAGAAGAGGUGGCAACAGCCAUUGGAAUGGACCAGAGAAUUGGAAAUAAGUUUCUGAAAGCCAGUGUUGGUUUUGGUGGGAGUUGCUUUCAGAAAGAUGUCCUGAAUUUGGUUUAUCUCUGUGAGGCUCUGAAUUUGCCUGAAGUAGCUCGUUAUUGGCAGCAGGUCAUAGAUAUGAAUGACUACCAGAGAAGGAGGUUUGCUUCCCGGAUUAUAGACAGUCUAUUUAACACGGUGACUGACAAGAAGAUAGCUAUUUUGGGGUUUGCAUUCAAAAAGGACACUGGUGAUACAAGAGAAUCUUCUAGUAUAUAUAUUAGCAAAUAUUUGAUGGAUGAGGGUGCACACCUCCAUAUAUAUGAUCCAAAAGUACCAAGGGAACAAAUAGUUGUGGAUCUUUCUCAUCCAGGGGUUUCAGAGGAUGACCAAGUUUCCCGGCUCGUGACCAUUUCCAAGGACCCGUAUGAAGCGUGUGAUGGCGCCCAUGCUGUUGUUAUUUGCACUGAGUGGGACAUGUUUAAGGAACUGGAUUAUGAACGCAUUCAUAAAAAAAUGCUAAAGCCAGCCUUUAUCUUUGAUGGACGACGUGUCCUGGAUGGGCUCCACAAUGAACUGCAAACCAUUGGCUUCCAGAUUGAAACAAUUGGCAAAAAGGUGUCUUCAAAGAGAAUUCCAUAUGCUCCUUCUGGUGAAAUUCCGAAGUUUAGUCUUCAGGAUCCACCUAACAAGAAACCCAAAGUUUAAACAUUGCCAUUUUUAUUUGUAAUUUUUUUGGUACUUCAGGAUAUCAUAUAUCUAUCUGAUACUAAAUGGUAAAUGAACCAAGUGUUUUUAAGGAAACAAAACUAUUUUUUUAAUAAUCAAAUUUAUACUAGCUAUAUGAGAAUCAGCAUGUCUGGUAAUUAUGAAUCUACAGUAUUUUUUACAUAUUUUUAUAAUAUUGUUAACUCAGUUAUUGGAUGAGUGGCAAAUAAUCAUGAUGGUUUUAAUGGUGUCGAUUUUUGUAAAAUAAAAAUUGAACUUCACUUGUUACUUUACAAAGUGUCCAUAGCCAGGCAGCACUUAAUCACACAGUAAAAGGAAAGGCACUGUUCACUUUUUCUUAUUAUUGGUUUAUUAACUUGUCAUUAAAUAUGUGUUUUAAAUCAUGAAAUUGCUGCUCUGAAUUCUGGGCUAAGCCUGCCAACCUUUCAGAAAGUGUCAUGGAGCCUUAGAGGUGUCUAGCUUAAUGGGGUAAAGUGUUUUCCACUCAUUUCUUGUCUGUGAACUUAGAAGGAGGAUGCAGUGGGCCGAACGGGGCCUUUCAUGCUUUUUUUAAGGUACUUAGAACAUUUUUCCUCUGCUGCCAUGUUAGAGGUAACCCUACAAGUGAGGUUUGGUAAUGUUCCUUUGCUCUUUUUGUUUUAAUGAACUAUAUUGUCGUUUUUUUUUUUAAGUCGUCUUAACACUGCUUAUUUCCAAUCCAAAUAAGAAUAAAAGGCAAUUUUUUAACAUAAAGUGAAAAUCAGUAGGAUGGUCUAUUUCAUUCUUCUUCACUUCUUGUUUUUCCUCACUUAGUUAUUUUUUUAGUCCAACAGUCAAAAAUAUUUGUUACCUUUACUUUGCAUUUUUAUUCCUAUAAUCCACUGCAGUUUUCUCCCUUUUUCUUAAAGAAAACCAAUAUAAUCUUGUUUAAACUUACUUGAAGUAGAUUUUUUAAAUUAUGUAUAGCAUAAUUCUAUAAUAAGAAUUUUUUGUAUGUUUCCAUCCAUUUUUUUCUUAUGUCUCAUUGGCUUAUUUGAUUUUCUCUUUUGUUUUACCAUUGUUUAAAUGUGUUAGGUGUCCAUUUGACAGCUUGUGCCCUGCUGAGAAUGUACAAAUUGAGUUAAAACAAUUACAGGCCUCAUCCUUUAGGAAUUUUGCAGUUCACUGAGAAUACAGUAACAGAUACAAAGAUGAGGACAGAGACAUCUGUACAGAUAUCAAAUACAUAAAUAAAAUAUUCUGCAUCAA